GGCAGCAAGGAUAACAAUGGCGAACUGGAGACGGGGGCGUCAGGGGUUUUGGAGGAUCUGAGGCGGGAGGGGGAGUGGGAUCCUGCGACACACAACACAAUCUGCGUCUAGUACUGUCCCAUGCCGCGAUUCACUUAAUCUCAGAUGGCGGAUUUCGUGGUUCCCCGGCACAGCGCCGUGAUGGAGCGACUCCGCCGGCGGAUAGAGCUGUGCCGGCGGCACCAUGGGUCCUGUGAGUCUCGCUACGACGCUGUGGCCGGAGAAAGGUUGGAGCUUGAUAGGCAGCAAACUUACCAUCUUCAUCAGCGAUGUCUACAGGCCAAGGCCAAGCGGGCUGGGAAGCACCGGCAGCAACAACCCUCUAAUUCUUCCGCCGAGGCAGGCAGGGGGAGCCAGGCCAGUUCAGGCAACCUGGAUGGUGGGGACGGGCCAGGCAAUGGGGAACAGUGCAGGAACAGCACUCUUAUGGCGCUCAAUGAGACGGUUAAAAGGAAGCUGGACAGUGCUGCUUCACCACAAAAUGGGGAUCAACAGAAUGGUUAUGGAGAUAUGUUUAAUAUUCAUAAAAAACUCAGAGUGGACGAUGGGCUUACUGGUGUAAUUGGCUCUUCAAAUGGGAUGCCUCCACUUUCUCCCCUACAUCAGAUGGACAACAAACCUCCAAAUGGAGAAUCUUUACAAAUGAAUGGCAAUCACUCAAUUGGGCUUGAUAACAUCAAUAAAAAGUGUCUUCCAGAUGCUAGUUUGCAGCUGAAUGGCAAUGGAGACGCUGAUGAUUUUUCACUUUGUUUAGCCAAAGAGAUGAAGCAGGAGCCGGUGGAUGAACUGCCUUGUAUGCUUUCAGUUGUAGGAGGUUCUAUGUCACAAAACAAUUUGAUGCCAGACCUAAACCUAAAUGAACAAGAGUGGAAGGAACUCAUAGAAGAACUUAACAAAUCUGUACCUGAUGAAGACAUGAAGGACUUGUUCAACGAAGACUUUGAAGACAAAAAAGAUACAGAUGCCCCAAACUCCGCUACACAAACACCUCUGACACAAGAUGUUCAUAUAAAAACAGAGUUUUCUCCAGCAGCAUUUGAACAAGAGCCUCUUGGGUCUCCGCAAGUGAGAUCUACAUCAUCUGGACCUUUUCAUGGAGCUCCUUCAGUGCCAACUAGCUGUGCAUCACCGGUGAUAGGUGGCUCUCAAACGGUGUUCCAGCAAUCUGCUCAGCCUGUGACUGACUCUUCCAAUCAGUCUAUUAUGCAGCCUCUUAAUCAACCACAAAAUGUUCAGAGGCCUCUACCCAAUGUAUUAAUACCUACUCAGGGUACAGGGACUGCCAAAGAGAUGUCCUCUGCACAUCAACUUCAACAGAUAGCAGCUAAACAGAAGCGUGACCAGUUGCUACAGAAUCAACAGCAGGUUCAACAAGUUCACCAGUCAAAUCAAAUGACCAACUGGUCACAACCCAGGUCUUCACAGAGUCCACUGGGAGUUGGGUACAACAUUGAGAAACCUGCUAGCCCUUCUGUUUAUCAACAAGACUUUAAUAAUCAGAAACUCAUGCUGACUAACAUGACAAACAAAACCUCUCCACGUGCUAGUGGAAACUUCAUGCAGCCAAACCAUGUAAACAUGAUUGGUCAUCAGCCAUCAAAUAACUUAAAUUCUGCAGCUGCUGCAGGUCCAAAUUCUAUGUUAGACUAUGGCAAUACCAAACCCCUCUCCCAUUAUGAGGCUGAUUGUAAUCCAGGAGUGGCAGCACAAAACCAGAACAAAACAGUCAUGAUUUCCUAUCUUCAGCAGCGCCAACAGCAGCAGUUGCCGCAUAUGAAUGAUGAGCAAAACCAAUUGUUUUUGUUGAAACGAAAGGCUGGAAUACAAUACAGGCCUCUUGUACCACACAGUCAGGACCAGAACCCACCAUCCAAUGUCUCCCGUGUUCCUGUCUCGGUAGCAGGACCAGGUGUUAACACUCAGCCACCCACACCCUCCAUGGCAGGUAGCCACAAUACGGGCUACAUGACCAGCCAACAGCAAGCAGUAAUGAAACAGCAGCUCUUAAUGGAACAGCAGAAACAGAGGGAACAGCAGAAGCAGCAGCUCCUUUUGGAGCAACAGAAACAGCAGUUCCUAAUAGGACAAAGGCAGCAGCAACAGCAACUUCUAGUUGAGCAGGAGAAACAGAGACACCAACAGGAACAACAGCUCCAACGUCAUCUAACCAGACCCCCUCCUCAGUAUCAGGAUCAGCCACAGAAUUCAUACCCACAGCAGCCUGUUGGACCAUUUCCAGGUUCGUCCUCCGCUAUGUCUGGUGUUAAUAUGACACAUCCAACCUCUGGCAGUCCACGGAUGUUUUCACAGACUCAGUCAAUGAUUCAGAUUGGGAGCGGACACACUACUGUUCCAUCUUUGCCUUCAAGUGCCAACUCUCAGGACCGGGCUGUUUCUCAGUAUCCAAACCUACAAAGUGUCCAGCGAGGAUCACUGUAUAACAUGGGAUCUGGUCUUCCACAAAUGGUGCCAAAUCAUGCAACACAGAGUAACAUGCCUAAUGGACAGCCUCAGAUGCAGAGACAGGCAAGCCUAGGUCAAGGGAACAGUCUCCCUUCUGGCUAUGGACAAAACCCCAUGGGAAACUCUGCUUUGGCACAAGCACACAAUAAGGGGGCUCUUAAUUCUGCUCUUUCUAAAGGCCAGAUGCCAAGAAUGCCAGCAGCUAUACCCUCUCAAAACCAAACAUGGCAGCAUCAGAGCAUGCAAAAUAUAAACAGUCAGUCUCAAGGAAAUAAUGCACUGGGCGCUUUCACAACUUCCAGUGCUAACUUCCAUCUUCAGCAAAGUCAUCACAAAAUGGCUAACCAACAGUUUAGCCAGGGAAUACCACAGGUCGGGCUUGCAGGCAGCCGACCUAUGGCAUCCAUAAACUCUUCAGUUCCUGGUCAGAUAAUGGCAACUCUGGCAUCUCAACAAAGGACGAAUCCUGCCAGCCAGCAGCCAGCACCUAACCAGCAAGUUAUGCCUGUAAUGAAUCAAACUGUGCCAGAUAUGUCUGCCUUCAGCCAGAAUCCAGGUUCUCAAAUGACUAACCGAACUGGUCUUCACUGUAAUCAAAGUUACCAAGUGAGGACGACCAAUCAGGAUCUUGCUUUUGGAUAUGGUGGGCAAUCUGGCAACAGUGGACUUCAGAAUUUGUCUGGGGAUGCAGAUUUGUUGGACUCAUUACUGAAAAACAGGACUUCAGAGGAAUGGAUGAAUGACUUGGAUGAGCUGCUGGGCAACCAUUGAUAACGGGGUGGUUCUUCUUAUUUUAUUUUUUUUAUUUUUCUUUUUUAGAACAUAUUUUAGUAAAUUUUUUAUAAAAAAAAUAAAAAUAUUAAAAAUGUAAAUUACAUUUUGGACCAAAAACCUGUGCCAUUGAGACACUGUCACUAAAGCUGGAACAUUUUAAUGGGGCUUGUUGCUGCUUCCUCUUUUUUUAAUUGUCGAUGCCUGGAGCAUGUUUUUCUCUGCUUACCACUGCCUAUCACUAACCCUGAUAGGGUCUUUUUGCAUCUUUCUCUAAAUGCCUUAUUUUGUUAUAAGCUAUGGGGAGUUAAAAUCAAUAACUAGCAUGACAUAGGUGGACUGCCAUUUGUUUCCACUACUGUGCAGUUUGUUAUUAACUGCCACACUGUUAACUCUGAAUUUAAAACACAACUGUCAAGCUCUCAGUUUGUCUCCGUAACAGAAUAAUGACCUGUAUAUGCUUGUGCGGCAGCUCCAACCACACGUGAAUACAAUACUUUGGGAUUAUAAUUUAUUUUUUAUUUUUUUAAAGUGGGUUUAUGCCGUUUCUCUCAAACACAUUUUAUAGUUUCAUACCCAAUACAGUUUUGCCAUAUUUCAGUAAUGAAAUAAAACAUUUUAAUUUUGAUCAAACAAAGAAAAAAAAAAAAACCCUAUAAAGUCAGAAAAUGAUAUAUUUGUAUCGACUUAUCUCGAUACUCCCUAUGUAUUGAGGAACCAUCACUAGUGUUUUCUUUUUGCUUCAAUGUUGCCCAAUGUGGGCAUUAAUUUAAUGUAACCAGUUGUCUGAAUGGUAUAAUAUAUGCCAGCCAAAAUAUAUCUACAUAAUAUCUAAACAAGGAACAUACAAUUUUCUUUGCUUAACAUCCUUAGUUCAAUGCUAAAUAACAUGGGCAUGACACUUGUGCAUUUGGCUUUUCCAUACACAAACCUAUUUUUCGCCCAAAAACUUUAAUCAGGUGUAAUCCUAUAAAGCAAUACACUGAUGCUAAGGAAAACGGUGUAAAUUCAGUGAGUUGCAUAAUAUUGUGCUAACCAUUUUUUUUUAUUUUACAUUUUAAAAUGCCAGACAAAUAUUUGCCCUUUACCUAAAUAUUGUGCAACCACACCAAUUUUUUUCCCCAUUCAAACAGAAUAUUUCCUUUUUAUUUAUUUUUUUCCUUAUUUUUCUUUUCUCCCCCCCCCCCCCCCCCCGUGCUUUCACUUAAGUCCUCCUAUAAGCACAGCCAAAUGUAAGGGCCUAGCAUGCAGGAAAUGCUGCCAUGUGCUUCUUGGUAUGUUUUACUGUCUGCAAUAUGUCUAAAUUCCUUUGUACAAUUUAACUUCUUUUCAGAGUUACGGAGCAGUGAAUUGCAUUAAUGCUGUUUGUGCCUUUGACAGUGAUUAUCUCCUAUUUCAUUAAUGAAUGCGAACAUGGGAAAACCCUUCACACACUUAUGCAGUCCCGCUACUUUGUAUACUGCAUAUAAGUUUAUUACUUUUUCUUGUCUAUUCACUGUGGUAGUUGAUGUUAAGAUGGUGUUAUAAUGUAAUCCCAAUAAGACCAGGGUUAAUCACCAUUGUGCCUUUAAAAAAAGUCCGGUUUUACCAUAGAAUGCCAGUCAUAGAGAAAACUUGUGUGCUUUCACAAGCUUGUAUAUACAUUAAAAAUGUAAAACAUUUUUUUAUUACAUGACAAAAGGCAUAUCUAUAUGAUGUACCACAAACCAUACAACUGGUAAUCAUGUUUAUCUAAAUCUGUUGGUUUUUAUUUCACUACUUUAUCACAAACAAAUAUACAAUUACUGUGUCUUUGCUAUAUUGUAUUUAUUGAAUUAAUACUUUAAAUUCUGUCUUAUUAAAGAAACAUUUUAGACCUAUUUUUAUAAUAGGUGAUACACGUUCUAUUAUCACUCUUGAAGAAAACUUGCUAUUUUAGCUUUUUCCCCACAAGCAAUAAAUGUGCCCUGAAAAUCAGUAUUGUGAGGUGACUUAGGUCCUACAAGGAACAAUUGCUUCAGGGUAAUAGUGAGUUAGGAUUUAUUUUAGAUCCUGCCCUUAUGGUAAACAUCAAGUAAAUGUAAUAUUUUAUCUUAAGCUGCAUUUUGCAAUCACAUUAAGGUUUUCUCAGUUAUCUGCAUUUGUUUCUCUUUGAUUGGUUUCUUCAUAAAGUGUCUGUAGGAUAUUGAAUGAAAUUAAGUGAGGACAAUCUCCAAAAUCAUGUUGGGCUGAGGCAUUAAAGAUAAUUUUGUUUAUAUGUAGCUCAAAAGGAUUUGAUAUUUGUAGACUUGUCACUAAUAUACUAUUGUAAUACAUAAAAAUGUGCAUACUAAUUCAGACACUAGAUAUAUUAGAACAAAAUAUUCUGGCUUUAUAUAUUUAGUUCCAGAACUACCCUAAUGACAGGAGCAAAUAGCUAAUAAAUGCAUGUGUCUUGUGAUUAGAAUUAUUUUGUUAGCUGUAGUUCUAAAAUGAAAAUUAAAAAAAAAAUACAUUGAGACUGUUGGAUUUGGUUUAAUAAAAAAUAAAAAAUCCCAGCCUGUUUUAUUGGUUAUGGUAGUAAGGUUUUAAUAAAAUCCCAAGCUCUGCUUGAGUAUCUUCCCCAGCCUUCUGACUGAUUGCAGUUUUGAAGCAGCUGUAAAGCAUUUGGUUAUGUAGUACAGCCUUGUCAAGGUGGACAGCAUACUUAAGUAUGCCCACUGCUGGGGAAAUACAGCAGUCUUAUAUUGCAAAAAUAUUUUCAUAUAAAAAUUGAGCUGUCCUAUUGAUCUAUAAUGCUGCAGGCAAUCUGUUUAAGCUGCCUUUUUAACACUUUGUUUUUGUAAGUUUUUCAGUUUAAAGUAUUUUUCAUUAACUUUUGAAGACUUUUCUGUACUGUGACUUUAACCUGCUAUGAUUAUGAAAUGGUUUUCUGUGUAAUGGUAUUCUGACCUGUAACAACAAAAAAAGGUUCUAUUAGUCUAUCUUUCCAAGUUCACCAUAGAACUCUUUGUUAUAAAAUGAGGAAGAGGCUCCUGCCCUUAACAUGAAAGGGACAUUGCUGAGAACAACUACAGUAGCAUGGUUACUAUUCCCCUCCUGUACCUUCAGCUCUUUUUAAAGAUAUUCUUCUAUUUUAACCCAUUAGAGAAGCUAGAUGGUAAAGCUUUGCAUCUUUACAGUGGGCGCUGCUGUUUUAGUAAGAAUGUAUUGUUGCAUUCCAUAACAGAAGCAAUGCACUGUCUCAGAUUAGUGACUUUUUGACACAUGUACCUUGCACUUUGGAUUAGCUCACACGAUAUUAAGCAGAAGUUACUUUUUUAAAAACUUUUUAAGUUACAUUCCAAGAAAAUAAAACUGGCAUAAGAGAAAUCCAGCCAUUAUAAAAAUGUAAGCCCCCCUCUCUAUUGUAUACGCUAUACCAAUGUGCAUGAUACGGCUUGUCAAGAAAAUCACUGAUCUAUGAAUGUGCAGCAUUUCUACACUGGGUACACGAAUACAUAAAUUCCAUGAUGGCAGAGUCCAGUGUAAACAUGCAAUAUGUUGCUAACCAGCACUUUAGGCUUAAAAUAAGAGAAUAGUUUUAAAGAGUUGCAGACACAGGCGGUAGAACAAUUACAUGGUGAUUUGUGACCGUGCUACUGUAGUUGUACCAAGCUGUUUUAAUGUCCCUUUAACUGUAUUUGAUGCCUGGUUUUAAAAUUAAGAUGAUCAGUUCAACACUUGCAGCAAACAGUUUAAUGAAUAAACUCGGCAAUAAACUGUUUUGUGGGCAUUUCAUAGUGUAAAAAAAAAAUUACUCUAUUUAUUUUCCUGGUGGGUUGGAAGAGCAAAAGAGGGUUGGGUUAAUUAUCACUGUGCAGCAAUUAUCCCUAACAAUGCUAGAAAGGUUUUAUGUCUUCUAAGUUGACAGAAAGGGUUAACUGCGUUCCAGUAGCUGACUCAAUGAGCGUAAGGUGCUUGUUUCCUUUAAAUACGCUUCCUCUUUGUAAAUAAAUGUUUACAGUUUUAUAUGUAAAAAUUUAAAUGAGAUUGUUAACUGUAUAUUUUUUACUUUUGUAAUAGAUUUAAAAAGAACUGUAAUUCUUUAUAAAUAUAUAUAUAUAUUUUCUGCAUAUAGGGGAAUGUAUGUAACUCAUUCCCUCAACUUGUAAAUGGAGAAUUCAUGCUGAAUACUUGGGUCUUUUUAAAGUCUUGUGUUAACAAAUACAAUAUUGUAUUCUUGUACCACAGAUAUCAUGGCUUACCGAAGAGAACUUUUCACUUAUGUUCUGCCGUUCAAAAAAAUAAAGUAUUUUGCUAGUGUAUAAAA